ACUUGUUUAACAAUACGUUUAUUAGUUUAUUUAUUUUUUUUAUCCCAGGAGGAACUUUGAUUGACAGAGAAAGUAACCAAUGAGCCUUUUACAUCUCAUCCGCUGUAGAAUAACUAGCCAAUCAUCGCUUGCUUCAGUGACACGUUGUGUUUUCAUCCCGCCUCUCACACACAUAUCGGCGGAAACCGCCUGGGUAUGUGCGUUUUUGUUUUAGUUUAGUGUUGGUUUCAUAGGAGAUCAUUCUCUCUUCCCGCCUCGAUGGAUAACUUUAUGUUGUGCGGGGUUUUAUGUGUGUCAGUUCUGUGUGUGUUGAGCUCGGCAGCGCGUGGACGCAAUGAUGCGCUCGAGCUCAAAGACGCAGAUUUCGAGUACAUCGCACCCGAGCACGAGACCCUGCUGGUGAAGUUUUAUGCCCCAUGGUGUGGACAUUGUAAGAAACUUGCUCCUGAGUUUGAGACUGCAGCUACACGACUGAAGGGAACAGUAACUUUAGCCAAGGUGGACUGUACUGCUAAUACAGAGACCUGUAAGCGCUAUGGUGUCACUGGAUACCCAACACUCAAAAUAUUUCGGAACGGAGAGGAAUCAUCAUCAUAUGAUGGGCCACGCUCAGCUGAUGGAAUCGUGAACUAUAUGAAGAAACAGGCCGGGCCUGAUUCUGUGCCUCUGCAUAGUGAGCAUGACCUGGAGAACUUUAUCAACAGCUUUGAUGCCAGCAUAGUUGGAUUCUUCUCUGGAACUGACAGUUCUCAACUCUCUGAGUUUCUUAAAGGAGCCAGUUUAAUGAGGGAGAGUUUCCGCUUUGCCCACACCACAGACCUAGAGCUCGGAAAGAAAUAUGAGGUCAAAUACGAGUCUGUGCUUCUGUUCCGUCCCCCCAGACUGAGCAGUAAGUUUGAGGAGAGUGUGGUUCACCACAGAGGACCCCUGUCCAUCACAGGCCUGCGCCGCUUCAUCAGAGACAACAUUUUUGGACUCUGUCCUCACCUGACCAAAGAGAAUAAGGAUUCAUUGAGGAAGAGGGAUUUACUGACGGCCUACUAUGACUUAGAUUAUCUUCGCAAUCCCAAAGGCUCCAACUACUGGAGAAACAGAGUGUUGAAGGUGGCGUCUAAGUUCAGUUCUCAGGGCCUGCUGUAUUCUGUGGCGAACCGUAAUGACUUUCUGGAGGAGCUGGAGGAUGAGUUCGGUCUGGGCGCGUCGGACGCAACUGAGCUGCCGUUUGUCACCAUCAGGACACGAACAGGAAACAAAUACACCAUGCGAGAGGAGUUCACACGAGAUGGCACGUCUUUAGAGAAUUUUCUGGAAGACUAUUUUGCUGGGCGACUGAAGUGUUACGUCAAAUCCGAGCCUGUGCCGGCCAAAAACAAUGCAGCUGUCAAGGUGGUUGUGGCAGACACGUUUGAAGAGAUCGUCAAUGACCCAGAGAAAGACGUGCUUAUUGAGUUUUAUGCUCCGUGGUGUGGCCACUGUAAAAAACUGGAGCCCAAGUAUACAGAGCUUGGAGAACAGCUAUACAGUGAUCCCAAUAUUGUAAUCGCCAAGAUGGAUGCAACUGCCAAUGACGUCCCGCAGGGUUAUGAUGUGCAAGGAUUUCCUACAAUAUACUUUGCAGCUGCUGGCCGGAAAGAUGAGCCAAAACGAUAUGAGGGAGCCCGUGAAGUGAAGGAUUUCAUCAACUUCCUGAAGCUUGAGGCAUCCAAACCUCUUGUUCUAAAUGGAGUCAAAGAGGAGCUGUAAACGUUAAAGGGAAAAUUGCUCUUUGUUGCGGAACAUUGUUCAGGAAGAGUGAAGAAUCCAGUGGGAGGCUGUAUCAUACAUAUCACAAAUAAAUUGGCAACCAUCAGUAAAAUAAAACCAGCUGUAUAUUACACAAAGAUCUAAUGUUUAUAUUGUCCAUGUGAUAGAAAAGUGCAGAUUGCUGCUUAUGUUGAAGAGUCCUGUUUUGUGGUUUAAUCACUUUGUUCUUUGUUGCAAGAGCUUCAUUAAUUUAUGUUUGACAUUUAAACGAAGCUCUCUGUUCAGCAAGAGGUACUCAAUGAAGAGCAGAAAAUGCUUGUUUAUUAAACAAGAGGUAAGUAAAUGACAUGCAUUAUUUUCUGAAUUUUUUAUAUAUAUAUAUAUAUAUAUAUAUAUAUACAUACAUACAUACAUACACACACACACACACAUAUCAAAGACAUGUAGGACUCUCACACAACUUAGGAAAAGACAUUUAUUGUGAAUUCUUAACCCUGGUUCCUCAACAGCUGUAAAGAAGAAAAAAAAACAACACUCAAGAUCAAAACAACAACAAAAAAAACUUUCCAAUGCAUUCAAACUGAUUUAUAUAUUCUAUUCUUGCGCCUCUCUACCAGAAGAAAUACUUUCAACAAGAGAAGAAAAACCUGGGCCCAUACCAAACAUUAAAAAAAAAAACAUCCUAAUUGUGGGUCUGUGGUAAAUCUAGUAAAAUCUCUCU